AUUCCCUGCGCCGGCGCCGCGACGCGCUCGCCGACUCCCGGUUCUUGAUCAUCCGCUGCUGCCGCCGCAACGCGCGCACCUGCGCAGGUGAGACAGGUGAGGAUGGGACAGGUGAGACAGGUGAGGAUGGGACAGGUGAGCGCGCUCGCCGACUCGCGGUUCUUGAUCAUCCGCUGCUGCCGCCGCAACGCGCGCACCUGCACAGGAGGAUCUGAUUGGCCGAGGGAGAGAUGGAAGGAGCGGCAGCAGCCAAUGGGGAAGCGGCGCCUCGCGGAGCAGCCAAUCAGAGCACAGAGCCCGAGGAAGCGGCGGCCAAUGGGCAGCGAGAUCAGGAAGGAGCGGCAGCCAAUGGGGACGCGGCAUCGCAGGGCUCGUCCAAUGAGAGGAGGAGCAGCUGCGGCUCAGCCAAUCAGGACGCAGAGGUGCAGGGGGUGACCAAUGAGAGCGAGGAGCCGCAGGCGGCCAAUGAGAGCACAGGACACAAAACUCCCGCCAACGAGGAGGCGGCGCACGAGAAACCAACCAAUGAGAACACAGCGUGGAAAAAACCAACCAAUGAGGACACAGCGUGUAAAAAACCAACCAAUGAGGACACAGCGUGUAAAAAACCAACCAAUGAGAACACAGCGCGUAAAAAACCAACCAAUGAGAACACAGCGCAUAAAAAACUAACCAGUGAGGACUCAGCGUGUAAAAAACCAACCAAUGAGGACACAGUGUGUAAAAAAUCAACCAAUGAGGACACAGAGUGCAAAAACCCAGCCAAUGAGGACUCAGCACGUAAAAUAUUGACCAAUGAGGACACAGCGUGUAAAAAAUCAACCAAUGAGGACACAGAAUGCAAAAAUCCAGCCAAUGAGGACUCAGCGCAUAAAAAAACAACCAAUGAGGGCGCAGCGCAUAAAGCUUUGGCCAAUCAGGACGCAGCGCAAAAAUCCCUGGCCAAUCAGGACUCAGCGCCAUCCCCGACCAAUCAGGACUCAGCACCACAAGCGCCGACCAAUCAGGACUCGGCGCCCUCAGCCGCAGCCAAUCAGGGCCGCACCGGCCAAUCCCCGCCCAGCGCGGCCGAGCCCUGGGAUUGGUCGCUGGAGGAGGCGUGGCUGCGCGCGCCGGACGACGAAUGGCUGGAGGCGUUCGGGGCGGAGCCCGAGGGCUGGGGGGCGGAGCUCGAUGAGGAAGGGGCGGAGCCUCUCUAUGCAAAUGAGGCCGAUGACGGCGCCGAGCGCUGGCGGCCCAGCCCGGACGCCUCCUGGUCCAAGCUGACGCUGCGGCGCGGGCGGGGCCUGGCCCGGCCCGGUUCCGGUUCCUUGUGCCGCGUCCGCGUGGUGGCCGUCCAAGAUGGCGGCGCCGCCUGGGGCGCGCCGGCCGCGCCGUCCGGCUGGCGCAGCGUCCGGCUGGGCUCGGCCGAGGGCCGCUGGGCCUGGGCGCUGGACGCCAUCUUGGAAACCAUGAGGCGCGGCGAAGCGGCGCUGCUGCGUCCGUCCGGCGCGUCCGGCGCCGCCGUCGCCGUCCACCUGGGCCCCUUCACGCCCGCCCCGCCAUUUUGGGCCACGCCCGCGCCCGUGCGAUGGCGGGCGGUGCUGCGCGCCCGCUCCCGCGCCGACGCCCUGCUGGGCCUGGGCCUGGACGCCGCCGCCGCCAGCGCUUUCUCCCGCGGCCUCCGCGGUGCCGCCGCCGCCGCCGGAACCGGAACCGGAACCGGAACCGCGCCGGACGCCGCAGAGGUCAGCGGGGUGAAGGCCGAGCUCCACGCCGGGCUGGCCCUGGCCCAGCUGCGCCUGGGGCUGCCGGCGGCGGCGGCGGCCAACGCCGGCAAGGCCCUGGCGCUGCGGCCGGCGCACCUGGAGGCGCGCUACCGGCGCGGCCUCGCCCAGGCCGCCAUGAUGGAUCUGGAAGCCGCCGGGCAGGAUUUGGUGGCCGUGCUCAGGGCACAGCCCGGCCACGCCGGGGCCAGGAGGGAGCUGAGGAGGGUGAGGAGCGCGGCCAGGGAGAGGGACGCCAGGCUGGCGCGCAGGCUGGGGCGGCUCUUUGCAUAA